CUCUACCUGCGCCGUUUUUCUCACUCUCUUCAAAUCUCUCACAACCAAAAGAAUCGUCGAUCUUCUCAACAUCCAUCGCUCAGGAGAGGAUUAAACCAUUCGAUAAAUCAAUCUCACUAUGGCUAGAAGCAAGGGAUUGGCGGAGCAAGAUCUUAGUAAAUUGGAUGUGACUGUGCUGCAUCCUUUGUCUCCUGAGGUCAUUUCUCGCCAGGCUACUAUCAAUAUUGGAACCAUUGGGCAUGUUGCUCACGGGAAGUCUACUGUUGUCAAAGCUAUUUCUGGUGUUCAGACUGUUCGUUUUAAGAAUGAAUUGGAGCGUAACAUCACGAUUAAGCUUGGAUAUGCAAAUGCCAAGAUUUACAAAUGCGAGGAUGACAAGUGUCCUAGACCAAUGUGCUACAAGGCAUAUGGAAGUGGAAAGGAAGAUAGUCCAAAUUGUGAUGUCCCUGGAUUUGAGAACGCUAAGAUGAAACUAUUGAGGCAUGUGUCAUUCGUGGAUUGCCCGGGGCACGAUAUUCUCAUGGCGACAAUGCUCAACGGAGCAGCUAUCAUGGAUGGUGCACUACUUCUAAUCGCUGCAAAUGAGACUUGUCCGCAACCACAAACUUCUGAACAUCUUGCUGCUGUUGAGAUUAUGCAACUGAAGCAUAUCAUCAUCCUCCAGAACAAGAUUGAUCUUAUCCAAGAGAACGUUGCCAUUAACCAGCACGAGGCCAUUCAGAAAUUUAUAAUGAACACUGUUGCCGAUGGUGCUCCCAUCGUCCCCGUCUCAGCACAACUGAAAUACAACAUUGAUGUUGUAUGCGAGUACAUUGUCAAGAAGAUCCCAAUCCCUAAGAGGAAUUUUGUGUCACCACCAAAUAUGAUAGUGAUUCGGUCUUUUGAUGUCAACAAACCCGGAUUCGAAGUUGAUGAGAUUAAAGGUGGAGUUGCAGGUGGAAGUAUCCUCCGGGGUGUUUUGAAAGUCAACCAAUUAAUCGAGAUCCGACCUGGAAUUGUUGUGAAAGACGAGCGUGGCAACCCAAAAUGCACUCCAAUCUACUCCCGCAUUAUUUCACUCUAUGCAGAACAGAACGAGCUUCAGUAUGCAGUUCCUGGAGGUCUAAUUGGAGUUGGAACAACAAUGGACCCAACACUUACUCGUGCAGAUCGAUUAGUUGGUCAAGUCCUUGGUGAAAUCGGUUCCCUUCCUGAUGUCUUUGUUGAACUCGAGGUGAACUUCUUUCUUCUACGGCGUCUACUGGGAGUGAGAACAAAGGGAUCAGAGAAGCAAGGGAAAGUGUCAAAGCUAACAAAGGGAGAGAUUCUGAUGCUUAACAUCGGUUCCAUGUCCACUGGUGCCAAAGUUGUUGGAGUUAAGAACGAUUUGGCUAAGUUGCAGCUGACUGCGCCUGUAUGCACGAGCAAAGGAGAGAAAGUGGCACUGAGUAGGCGUGUGGAGAAGCAUUGGCGUUUGAUUGGUUGGGGUCAGAUCCAAGCUGGAACCACCAUUGAAGUUCCUCCUUCACCCUUCUGAGGUGUUCUCUUUGUUUUGGUUUCUCAAAAGGUUUAUUAACCCCUCUAGAGAUAAUAAAACUAUUUUCUGUUUCAUGUGUGGGGUUUUUUGGGCGAGUAUCUACUUAUUUGAGGAUUUAAUUGUUACUAGUACAUCCAGUUAAAAGUAACAUUUUUUUAUACAAAAUGAAAAACAUGCCAAACGGUUGAAGUCGAGAGCAUGAUGUCCAAAUAGCCACAAUUUGCAAAAUGCUAGCGUCUCCUAAUAUUCGAGUAAAAUAAAAUGU